AUGGUUUCUCGUCGGAACAGGACAUUGUUGUCCUUGUCAAUUUUUGUCGCAGUGUUGGCUUGGAACGUUGCUGCUGCUGCCGUCAAGGGUGAGACAGGCGUGCCAGUGGGCGACUUGACUCCCCAUGAAAUUGAAGAGCAAUUACAAGAGUGCCCACUUGUGCAAGCUCUUAACGAGCACAAAAUCGCUUCAAACCCCUCGACAUCGUCCAUCUCUUCACAAAUCUUUGCCUUUCUCUUCCCAGGCAGCCCCGCCGUCAACGCCAUCCUCGCGACCCUCUACAUCUCUGGCCCUCCCAACUUCCUCCUGGCAUUAUGCCCGCCCAAUAUCGAUCCUUCCUCGCUUUCCGUCAUGGUCGCAUUCGCGGUAGGGGGACUGUUGGGUGACACACUUUUCCAUCUCCUACCCGAGAUCUUUUUGGGCGAGGAUGAACACGAUCAAGUCAAGUUCGUCAUGGUAGAGCCAAACAAGAACCUCCUGCUCGGCGUGGCCAUCAUGGUGGGCUUCAUCACCUUUGUAGCCAUGGACAAGGGUCUCCGUAUCGCCACUGGCGGUGCAGGUGGGCACGACCAUUCCCAUGGCCACUCACAUGAAAAGAUCGAUGCCAGCGCGAAGACCACAGGGGCUGAUGUGAGUACAUCAAAGGAGGCGGUGCGUGCCCGCAAGGCCAACACGAAUGGUACGGCAACUUCUACCGCCGUGGAGUCUGUGGAGAAGGACAUCAACGCCAGUGUCAAGCUCGGCGGCUACCUGAACCUCAUUGCCGAUUUCACGCACAACAUCACCGACGGCCUUGCUCUCAGCUCCUCCUUCUACGCAUCCCCAACCAUUGGCGCAACCACCACCGUCGCCGUAUUUUUCCACGAGAUCCCCCACGAGGUCGGUGACUUUGCCUUGCUCAUCCAAUCUGGCUUCACCAAACGCCAGGCUAUGGGUGCACAGUUCAUCACUGCCGCCGGCGCAUUCUUGGGAACAUGUAUUGGCAUUGCGGUGCAGGAGUUUGGAGGCAACUCCCAGUCUGCGGGAUCACAUGGGCCAGGGCUGUUUGGAACGAGUUUGCAAUGGGGAGACAUGUUGCUCCCCUUCACAGCAGGCACCUUCCUCUAUGUGGGCACUGUAGCGGUCAUUCCCGAACUUUUGGAGACGGGCCCAAACAAAAGUGAAGAGUUGAGGAAAACAAUCACACAGUUUGCAGCCAUGGCUCUGGGCGCAGGAAUCAUGCUUGCCAUUUCGUGGGACUAG